GUGUCUUCUGCUUCUACUGAGCUAUUACAAAUAGGGGUAGAACGUUUCAUGUUUCAAGCAGCUAGAACUGAAUUUAGUAGUAAUAGCCUCACCUCUACCCUCACCACAGUCACUGAGGUGUCCUUGCUGAACGGCACCGUUAUGCAUUGUAUUGGAGAAGCAACAGAAUCCCUAACGAUCAUUGUUGCAGAGCCACCCACUUCUCCAUCAGCUCCAAUGGUGGCUUCACAACAAAACCAAAUCAGUUCCUCUAUUAUCACUCUGGAGUGGGACCCUCCCUCCUCUACUGGUGGAGUGUCUGUCAGCUAUGUCCUCACCAUCUCUCCAACACCUCUCUCCGGGUCACCAGUCACCGUGGAGACCACCUCAGCACAGAUAACCGUCUCCUACAACACUCCCUACAAUGUGACAAUCAGAGCUGACAACUGUGCAGGAUCGAGCAGUGAUGUGAUGGUGAUGAUUCCUUUUAUUGUUACCUGCCCCUCUAACACAACACCUGCGAAUAGAGUGACCAUUGUUGGUGCUCCUCCACUGCCUGCACUAGUAGGAUCAACACUGAGCUUCACUUGCAAUGGACAGACGGUAUCAGCAACCUGUGAGAGUAAUGGACGAUGGUCACCUGACCCCGCCACAUACGUCUGUCUCUCAGAUCUCACCUGUGGCUCUCCUGCUGCACCAUCCAAUGGCAGUGUGGACGUCAGUGGUGGGACACCACCCUUCUCACUGGGUUCAGAAGUCACCUAUCGCUGUGACGAUGGACUGUUCCCCCUUGAUGUGAGGACCAGCACAUGCGCUGAUGUGGGGGGUAGGGGAGAGUGGGUGGAGAAUCCCGGGAGCUUGGUGUGCAGGGAGAGCCCAGCUAAUUGCACAGUACCCAAGGAGCCCUCCAAUGGAACUAUAGUGAACUAUGAGAGGUUGACUGAGACAGUGUUGGAGGGAACAGUGCUGACUUACCAGUGUGACAGUGGGCUCUCACUGACUGGACCCAACACCAUCACUUGCACUAAUGCUGGAGUCUGGAGCACUGGGCCUGACACCAUCGUGUGUGUGUCACCAACUGAAGCUCCGACUGUGACAGAUGCUACCACACUAUCAACUGGUGUAACUCUUGCCAUCGGUGUUACUAUUACUUUCGUUGCGUCUACUCUCCUUGGAUUUCUCGCUGGACUCUUAGUGAUGUAUUCAUUCACGCGUAAGAAGGCAGUGUACUACACAAGAAAAACAGCAUUAUCUGUUGUAGAGCCCACUAAACCAGUUGGUCCUGUUUAUGAGGAGGUGUCACCCAAAGAGGAGAUUGAGCUGAACACUAACCAGGCGUAUGGACCACUAGGACUGUGAAACU